UCCAACAACAACUUGAUUGGAAAGGGAAGAUAUGGUUCUGUUUAUAAGGGGAUCCUCAAUUCUGAUAAGCAAACUGUUGCUGUGAAAGUACUCAACCUUCAAGAAAGUGGAGCAAACAAGAGCUUUUUGGCAGAAUGUGAAGCAUUACGAAACCUUCGUCAUCGGAAUCUGGUCAAGGUCAUCACCUCUUGCUCAAGUAUAGAUUUUAAAGGCAAUGAUUUCAAAGCUUUAGUCUUUGAGUUCAUGCAAAAUGAGAGUUUAGAAAGUUGGUUAUAUCCAAGUUCACUUGAACAGAAUGACACAGAGAACUUGAACCUAACCCAAAGGCUAAACAUAGCAAUUGAUGUAGCCUUGGCAUUGGAAUAUCUUCAUCACCAUUAUGAUAUACCAAUCGCUCAUUGUGAUUUGAAGCCGGGCAAUGUUCUUCUUGACAACAAUCUCUCUGCCCGUGUAGGUGAUUUUGGCCUAGCAAAAUUUCUUAUAGCUACCACAGGAGACUCCAACUAUGCACGAAGCAGUUCAAUUGGGGUUAGAGGAACAGUUGGGUACAUUGCUCCAGAAUACGGUAUGGGUGGAGACAUAUCGACACAAGGUGAUUUGUACAGCUAUGGAAUCCUUUUACUGGAAAUGUUUACAGGAAAAAGACCAACCAACUACAUGUUUACAAACAAUUUCAACCUCCAUGUUAUGCUAAGAUGGCUCUCCCACAUCGAGUGAUGGAAAUUGUUGAUCCACAAAUCAUAAUGGAAGAGAGAGACACAUCUAGUAGGAUCAGCCAAAAUACUGAAGGCAAUGUAACCCAGGAAUGCUUGGCAUCAAUACUUCAAAUUGGAGUUGCUUGUUCUGCUGAAGGCCCAAAAGAGCGGAUGGAUAUUAAAGAUGUUCUCAAGGAACUACGAAGGAUUAGAAAUGUAAUUGCUCAAGUUUAAAGAGAGGGUGAGGAAAGGAAGAAGAGACAAAUAUAAAGAAUAAUUCUUGGUUGAAGACACAUCUAUCUAUGUCAUGUUUAUUUGAAAUAGUAUGGCCCUAUGGAUGUAUUUAUAAAUAUGAUUUGCUAUAUAAGCUUUGUUAAUUGCAUGUAUUC